AUGGGCUUGCUUGUGGUUCUCACAACCGUGCUCACGCACGCGCUUGCCAUCUACGUUCAGUUCCCAAGAGUCGACCGGCUCGCCGGCACCGCAGAGACCCGCGUCCGCACGUCCAGCUGCUGGCACCCACACCCCGACCCGGCCAGCCAGCCACCAGCUUUCUGCAACAGCGCCAGGAGCCGAGUGUUGAUUGUUCGCCUUGCGCGACCAGGGCCAGCUGACCGGGCUCGCUUGGCUCUGCGGUACACCAUUGUACAGCAAGAUCCUGACAAGCACCGAGAUUUUGUCCUCUUCGAUGACAUUAUUCCCAAUCAAUCCACUGUGCGCUUGCGGCUUCGUCUGGGUUUGGCCCGCCUAGCCGUGGUCGUGCGUUGCCAGGGCAUGGUUCAGGAUCGCUGGAGUACGUGCUGCCCCUUCAAGUAUGCCGUUGGCUCUCGGCUUGGUGGUCGACGAGGCCACUUUGUUGUUGAAGGCUUGGAGGGCAUGCAACCUUGCCCGUCUUGCCAGCUUGCCUUGGUGACGCAUCAGUUGCCUGAGGACCCGGAUGCAGAGGAGGUACUGUCGACUAUCCAUCGUGUGCGCUCGGCCAUACACCCACCAUCCGCAUCAGAGGCGCUGAUCUCUGAAUCCAAGUCAGCCACAACCUCGCCACGCAUGCAAGUUGGUGGAUUCAUGUUUGAAGCCCCUGCGAAUAUACCCACCGACCCCCCGCCAAAUGACGACGACGAUGACUGGGAGGCCAUCUCCGAUGACGACGACGGGCAGGUCCAUGAUGCAAAUGCCACAUUGGAGCGCCCACUGCGCCCGAUCUCGGCUCGACCCCCAGUGAGUUUAGGCACCACUCGACGACGCGAGCGCACACUUCGAGAGGAUGCGGUUCCCACGACCGUGACGCCUUCAUCUUCAAGCCACGGCCGCGUUUGGAGCGCAGACGCUGUCGUGACCUUGCGUAAAGCUCCAUCAGUGAACGUGGCACGGCCAGCCACGGCUACCUUUGACACCUUGCAAACGCGUUUUGAGCAGAUUGAUCGUUUGCGUCGUGGCAUGUUGCAACCUCCAGGGUCAGCAAUGCGCACGUCUUUGGGUCGUGAGACAUCACGUUCCACGGGAUCCAGUGAUCGCAGCGGUGGAAUGGGCAAUGGCGCGGGCCUGGAUCCCUAUGCCAGCGUCACGCCCGAAAUGGAGGCACGCGCAGCGGCGCUUCCUCCCCGUGCGCCGCGAGCACUCAACAGGCCAAUUUUUUCGGCGCCCCCAAAGAUGCUGUCGCCCUCCCCGGCCUCAAAUUCCAGGGCAUCGCCUGGUGCCAACCCUGAUGGCCAACCCGUUCCAAAGUCGACGCACGUGGGUGACCCUGAAACCACAGUGUCAAGUACGCCUAUGCCCGCAGCCUCAGUUGCACUGAAUGCUCAGGCGCCCGGCAUGUCCACUUGCUCGGAACAGCUGGUGUCGCCAUCAGCAACAUCCGGCCAUGCAGAGACGCUUGUGUCACCCGCAGCCAUGUCCGGCGGCGUGAAGGCGACUGCUGAAGCAAGCUCAGCCCCAAUUGUAUUAUCCCACGCGAUGCCCAUGACAAACGUCGCCGAGUUUCCACUUGUUGAGCAGGCAGAUCGAACCUCGCUGGAAACGGCACAAAAUCAUGGUUCUGCAGCCACGGAAGAAGGAUCGAUGAACGCCGCUGCUGCAGAUCCCAACCCGAUCGCACCUGCAGCGCAGCACUCAGAGCUAGCUGCAAAAAGGGAAUCUGCCACCAUCAAUGAAGCGGCUGCGACCAUGGAGAUGGCCGCCGUACCAGAGCCGCCCGCUGUACCAGAGAUGGCCGCCGUACCAGAGCCGCCCGCUGUACCAGAGAUGGCCGCCGAACCAGAGCCGCCCGCCAAAUCAGAGCCAACAUCUAAUGUUGAAACAGAGCUUGGCGCAGAAGCAACGUUGGCCACCAGGCCGUCACCUGCUGCGCCAUUGCCAGAUGAAACCGGAUCGGAGGACGAGCUCGAUAGUGCGGCGCCAGGCGAGGCAAUGGCACUGGUGGCACGUCUCAGCCGAGCUUCCUUCGGCGGUGAAGCCGCUUUUAUGGCAGCAGCCAUGGGCGAAGCACCUUCUGACACGGACUCUGAAGAGGAGCGCGAGCGAAGAAGCAGCUUUCUCAACCGCAGCCUCGACAGCGCAAACGUUCAACAGGCCCGGCGGCACUCGGCACCUCUUGCAAUUGUAGCCAGGCUGAGUCGCGCUUCCUUUGGUGACGUGGAAGACAUGGGUCAGGGUUUAGCAGGUAUGGACCCGGCUCUGGACGCGAGCAUGGACAGCGACGGCAGCGAAGAGGACCAGGAGGCGCCGUCUUCACGACCUUCCACUGCCCCUGCGCCGCUUGCGGUGGUAGCGCGGCUGAGUCGUGCAUCCUUUGGCGAUUUUGAGGACCUCGGUGGUCCGAGCGCGUCGCCACCAGCACCGGCUGCAGACGACCGACGACUGGAGAUGACACGGGACGAGAACUUGGGUGCCACUUCCCCGCCACUGGCCAUGGUGGCACGAAUGAGCCGUACCUCUUUUGAUGGCACGCUGAUGGCCGAUACGGGCGCCGCCUUGUUGGCUGCGGCCAAGGCCGCGGCCGCAGACAUGUCCGACGACGAGGCAAGUGACGGCGAGCAAACACCUCUGCCCAGUCGCGGUCGCGUAGAAUCCAAGCCUGUGGCAGAUCAUCCAAACAAUUUCUUGGCGCGUCGUGCCUCAGAAGAGGACAUCGUCCCCGUGGAUGCUUCAGACGGGGCCACGGCAGUUUGGGAAACGACGCGCUCGCCAUCACCUUUGCAGGAUGACCCAGUGCCCGAGCCCCGGGCCCACACACCGAUUCAGCCACCGCGAAGUGGACAUCCCUUUGCCCGCCGACUCAGCGUGCCGACCAUUCAAGAGGUGGAAAUUGAAUCAGAUAGCAUGCUAUCCAGCGGCGUGCUGCGCCAGAUCACGCGUGAUGUUGAUGGCUAUUACAGUGGUGACUACGCGGGCGAGGCCGGUGAAGAAACAACACCAUCCGAGGCUGAUCUUGUGCAGCAGGCAGUUGCUUCAGACAUGGUUGAGGAGGGAGCAGAGAAGUUGGACCUCAACGAGCUUUUUGAUUCGAGUGACGAUGAGCCGCCCAUGGGCGAUGUGGCCCCGGUCAGUUCGCUUCUUCGCAUCGUUACUUUUGGUGCUCCAACUGCCAAGUUUCAAGCUUAA